AUCCCCGCACCAAGCGCUUAACCUCAUUGGGGUGGAGGAGAAGGCGGUGGCUGUCCGGUCCGCCGCCGCAAGAGUAGUGAAUAAUAGAAUUAAUGGACUGCUGAAUUAUGAAGUAUUUCAGACCCAGUUGUAGAUCAUCACUCCGCCACUCUCUCCUUUAUCGCCUACUAGUUAUUUAAAUUGGACUUUUAAUAUCCUACCAGCUGCUCUUCAGACACACAUGGUGCAUUGCUGCCAUUCCCGGGAUUGCAUCUUUGAAACACACGCUCUUAGUAGCCUUCAGCAAACAAAGAGGCCACCUCCCGGUACUGCUACCGGGAGGGAGUCAUCCUGACCGCCCUCUAGCCUUGGCCAGAUCUGGAUUUGAAUCCUACCAUGGAACCACGAAUGGAGUCCUGUCUGGCCCAGGUGCUGCAGAAGGAUGUGGGGAAGCGGCUGCAAGUUGGCCAGGAACUCAUAGACUAUUUCUCAGACAAACAGAAGUCUGCUGACCUUGAGCAUGACCAGACCAUGUUAGAUAAGCUUGUGGAUGGACUCGCUACCUCUUGGGUGAACUCUAGCAAUUACAAGGUGGUUCUCUUGGGCAUGGACAUCCUGUCGGCAUUGGUGACUAGGCUGCAGGACCGGUUCAAGGCGCAAAUCGGCACAGUGUUGCCAAGUCUAAUAGACAGACUGGGAGAUGCUAAGGACUCCGUGAGGGAGCAAGACCAAACUCUGCUGCUAAAGAUCAUGGAUCAAGCUGCUAAUCCCCAGUAUGUGUGGGACAGAAUGCUCGGAGGCUUCAAACACAAGAACUUCCGCACACGAGAGGGCAUCUGCCUCUGCCUUAUUGCAACACUCAAUGCCUCUGGGGCCCAGACUCUAACACUAAGCAAGAUCGUGCCACAUAUAUGUAACCUACUGGGAGAUCCCAACAGCCAGGUUCGAGAUGCAGCAAUAAACAGUCUGGUGGAGAUUUAUAGACAUGUAGGUGAACGUGUGAGGGCAGACCUCAGUAAGAAAGGACUGCCACAGUCCCGGUUGAAUGUCAUUUUUACAAAAUUUGAUGAAGUCCAAAAGUCUGGAAAUAUGAUACAGUCUGCAAAUGAUAAAAAUUUUGAUGAUGAAGAUUCUGUGGAUGGCAACAGGCCUUCUUCUGCCAGCUCCUCAUCGUCCAAGGCUCCAUCAAGUUCCCGGAGGAAUGUUAGCAUGGGGACCACCCGUAGGCUCAUGGCAUCCAGUCUUGGAUCGAAGUCUUCAGCUGCAAAAGAAGGUGCGGGUGCUGUGGAUGAAGAGGAUUUUAUUAAAGCCUUCGAUGAUGUACCUGUAGUGCAGAUUUACUCCAGCCGAGAUCUCGAGGAAUCCAUAAACAAAAUUAGAGAAAUUCUAUCAGAUGACAAACAUGAUUGGGAGCAGAGAGUAAAUGCUCUAAAAAAGAUUAGAUCGUUACUCUUGGCUGGGGCGGCUGAGUACGAUAACUUCUUUCAACACUUGCGUCUUCUGGACGGAGCCUUUAAACUCUCUGCUAAGGACCUGCGGUCUCAGGUAGUGCGGGAAGCUUGUAUCACCUUGGGGCACCUGUCAUCAGUUCUGGGAAAUAAGUUUGAUCAUGGAGCUGAAGCCAUUAUGCCAACUAUCUUUAAUUUAAUCCCAAACAGUGCCAAAAUUAUGGCUACUUCUGGUGUUGUAGCCGUUAGGUUAAUCAUUCGGCACACUCACAUCCCUCGGCUGAUCCCUGUCAUAACCAGCAACUGUACCUCUAAGUCUGUCGCAGUCAGAAGGCGCUGUUUUGAAUUUUUAGAUUUGCUUUUACAAGAAUGGCAGACACAUUCACUAGAAAGACACAUAUCAGUAUUAGCUGAGACAAUAAAGAAAGGAAUACACGACGCUGAUUCUGAAGCAAGGAUAGAAGCCAGGAAAUGCUACUGGGGUUUCCACAGUCACUUCAGCCGAGAAGCAGAGCACCUGUACCACACUUUGGAGUCCUCCUAUCAGAAGGCCCUGCAGUCCCACUUGAAGAACUCGGACAGCAUCGUGUCUCUGCCUCAGUCAGACCGAUCCUCUUCCAGCUCUCAAGAGAGUCUCAACCGGCCACUUUCUGCCAAAAGAAGUCCCACUGGCAGCACCGCAUCCAGAGGCUCUACAGUUAGUACCAAGUCUAUGUCGACGACAGGGUCUCUCCAGCGAUCUCGAAGUGAUAUUGAUGUGAACGCAGCAGCCAGUGCCAAAUCCAAAGUCUCCUCAUCCUCAGGUUCCACCGCCUUCAGCUCUGCAGCAGCGUUGCCUCCAGGAUCCUAUGCGUCAUUAGACGGUACUGCCACUAAAGCGGAGGGUCGGAUCCGCACCAGACGGCAGAGCUCCGGGAGCACCACCAAUGUUGCCUCCACAUCCUCCGACAGUCGGGGCCGCAGUCGAGCCAAAGUGGUUUCACAGUCUCAGCGAUCCAGAUCUGCUAACCCUGCUGGUGCUGGCAGCCGGUCAAGUUCCCCCGGGAAGCUUUUGGGAAGUGGUUAUGGUGGACUCGCUGGGGGCUCCUCAAGAGGCCCACCUGUAACACCAUCUUCAGAGAAGAGAAGCAAGAUCCCCAGGAGUCAGGGAUGCAGCCGAGAAACAAGCCCUAACCGGAUUGGAUUAGCACGGAGCAGCCGUAUCCCCCGACCCAGCAUGAGUCAGGGGUGCAGCCGCGAUACCAGCCGUGAGAGCAGCCGAGAUACAAGCCCUGCUCGGGGCUUCACACCACUCGCCUCUCGACGUCAUUCCAGGUCCACUAGUGCUCUCUCCACUGCUGAAUCUGUUGGGCAGUCAGAUCGGUUUGGGCUGGGCCAGUCAGGACGGAUCCCUGGUUCUGUGAGCGCCAUGCGAGUCUUGAGUACCAGCACAGACCUGGAAGCCGCUGUGGCCGACGCUCUGCUGUUAGGAGACGCCAGGAGCAAGAAGAAGCCUGUGAGGAGGAGGUACGAGCCCUACGGAAUGUACUCUGAUGAUGACGCCAACAGUGAUGCCUCUAGCGUGUGCUCUGAGCGCUCAUACGGCUCCAGGAACGGUGGCAUUCCCCAUUAUCUGCGGCAGACUGAAGAUGUAGCAGAGGUUCUCAACCACUGUGCCAGUUCCAACUGGUCAGAAAGGAAAGAGGGGCUUCUAGGCCUGCAGAACUUGCUGAAGAGCCAAAGAACACUGAGUCGAGUAGAAUUGAAGAGACUGUGUGAGAUUUUCACCCGAAUGUUUGCUGACCCUCACAGCAAGAGAGUUUUCAGUAUGUUUUUGGAGACCCUUGUGGAUUUUAUAAUCAUUCAUAAGGAUGACUUGCAAGACUGGCUCUUUGUCCUUCUCACACAACUACUUAAGAAAAUGGGAGCAGAUUUACUUGGAUCUGUGCAAGCGAAAGUUCAGAAGGCUCUAGAUGUCACCAGGGAUUCCUUUCCAUUUGAUCAACAAUUUAACAUUUUGAUGAGAUUUAUUGUGGAUCAGACUCAAACUCCAAACCUCAAGGUCAAAGUGGCGAUCCUGAAAUACAUCGAGUCUCUGGCCAGACAGAUGGACCCCACAGAUUUUGUAAAUUCCAGUGAAACAAGACUUGCUGUUUCUAGGAUCAUAACAUGGACUACAGAACCCAAGAGUUCAGAUGUGAGAAAGGCAGCACAGAUUGUGCUCAUCUCUCUGUUCGAACUGAACACUCCUGAAUUUACCAUGUUACUUGGUGCCUUGCCAAAAACAUUCCAGGACGGUGCCACCAAACUCCUGCAUAACCACCUUAAGAACUCCAGUAACGCUGGUGUGGGAUCUCCAAGCAAUACCAUUGGCCGGACACCUUCCCGACACCCCAGUAGCAGGACCAGCCCCUUGACCUCACCCACCAACUGUUCCCAUGGGGGACUAUCUCCAAGUCGGUUGUGGGGUUGGAGUGCCGACGGGCUAUCGAAGCCCCCACCUCCCUUUUCUCAGCCUAACUCCAUUCCCACCGCUCCCUCCCACAAGACUCUCAGGCGCUCUUACUCUCCCAGCAUGCUGGACUAUGACACGGAGAACCUGAACUCUGAGGAAAUCUACAGCUCUUUGCGUGGAGUUACAGAAGCCAUCGAGAAGUUCAGCUUCCGAAGCCAGGAGGAUCUAAAUGAGCCAAUCAAGCGAGAUGGCAAGAAGGAUUGUGAUAUCGUGUCCCGAGAUGGAGGAGCAGCCUCACCCGCCACCGAGGGCCGGGGAGGUAGUGAGGUAGAAGGAGGCAGGAUGGCUUUGGACAACAAGACCUCCCUGCUCAACACACAGCCUCCACGUGCCUUUCCGGGGCCAAGAGCACGGGAGUACAACCCGUAUCCCUACUCUGACACCAUCAACACCUAUGACAAGACGGCUCUGAAGGAAGCAGUGUUUGACGAUGACAUGGAGCAGCUCCGAGAUGUGCCCAUUGACCACUCGGACCUGGUGGCUGACUUGCUGAAAGAGCUGUCCAACCACAACGAGCGUGUGGAGGAGCGGAAGGGCGCACUCCUGGAGCUGCUUAAGAUCACCAGGGAGGACAGCCUGGGCGUGUGGGAGGAGCACUUCAAGACCAUCCUGCUGCUGCUGCUGGAAACUCUCGGAGACAAAGACCAUUCCAUUCGAGCUCUGGCACUGAGAGUUUUACGGGAGAUUCUGAGAAACCAGCCAGCAAGAUUCAAAAACUACGCAGAACUGACGAUCAUGAAGACUCUGGAAGCCCACAAAGACUCCCACAAGGAGGUGGUGAGAGCAGCUGAGGAAGCUGCGUCCACACUAGCCAGCUCAAUCCACCCGGAGCAGUGCAUCAAAGUGCUGUGUCCAAUCAUCCAGACAGCAGACUACCCCAUCAACCUGGCUGCCAUCAAGAUGCAGACAAAAGUGGUGGAGAGGAUUACCAAGGAGUCCUUGCUGCAGCUCCUUGUUGACAUCAUCCCCGGCCUGCUGCAGGGUUACGACAACACUGAGAGCAGUGUACGGAAAGCCAGCGUGUUUUGCUUAGUGGCAAUCUAUUCCGUAAUCGGAGAAGAUCUGAAACCUCACCUCGCACAGCUCACGGGGAGCAAGAUGAAGCUGCUGAACUUAUAUAUAAAGAGGGCCCAGACUACCAACAGCAACAGCAGCUCCUCUUCUGACGUGUCUACACACAGCUAGUGGCCGUGCCAGUCUGUGCAGAACACACAUUGGUGGUGCCUCUGAGACGCUCCAUCAGCUGCCUAGUCCACCCAAGGAGGCCACACAUAAUUUAUUACAAUCAGUAUUUUGGUCCCUUCCAGCUUUUGUGUAGAACUUUGCUGGUAUUGAAUGUAACGGAAGCAAGGCCUGUUAUGCAGUCUCCCUAGAAACAAGAGGACUGAGAAAUGAAGAGCCAUAUGUGCACGUGUCUUGCACCACCUGCUGACAUCACCAAACCAUGGCGGGCACAGCUCUUAGAGACCAGAGCUCUCUAGCCAGUGCUUGGUGCACAGACUUGGGUGGUUUGGGGUAUUGCUGUGUGUUCUUUAUGCUUAUGUUCUUAGAGUGUGGUCAGAUGGGACAAGACCCCUCCUGUUUUCAAUGACAUGGAGAAAGGUCGUGUGUGUGUUUAGGUUGUAUCUUAGAGACUCUGUCAAAGUGGAACUGCAGUCUGGGCAAGAAAAGGACAACAACCUGGAACUGGCCUCUCAACAAGCGUGAGGGGUUGGUUUCUUGUGCAGAGGGAGCCGACUUCCCUGCCUUGGGAAUAGAAUCAGUAAUGCCACCAGAGUUCUCACGGUUGCAUUAAAGAAAAGAUGGCUGUAAAGCACCAAAGUUGGAACCAGACUUGUUCAGUGCCCAGGGACGUGCUGGCCACACCUCUUGAAGCAAUUAUGGGAGACUCUGGCUAAAUAGAUUUUAAAUAAAAUCCCUAAGCCAAAUGACAGUUCUUUAUGCAAUCAUGCAAACUUUCCUAGGCUGGCCUUGGAUUUGGUAUCCUCCUGCCUCAGCCACUUAAGUGCUGGCAUUAUAGAUAUGGGCCACAUUCCCAGAAAAAGCCUGUUUGUAGCAUUAAUUUUUGCAAAGCAUGUGCUCUUCUAGUGCAGAGCCCACUGUAACUACCAGAGCUGAAAGCAGAGGUUGGGCCGGUGAGUUCUCCCUCCAGCACUCUGUUUCUCUGACCCUCCAAAUGACAGAGUCGGGCAUGGUGGCUCAUGCCUUUAAUCCCAGCACUCAACAGGCAGAGGCAGGCGGAUCUCUGUGAGUUCGAGGACAGCCAGGGCUACCUGGUAAGACCCUGUCUGGAAAAACAAUCAAAAUAAGAGAUAGGGAGGUUGGGAAAGACCCAUGGGAAGGAAAUAGACACUGAAAAUGAAGGUCCCUAAUGUGUGCAUGUGUGCGUGCGUGCGUGCAUGUGUGUAUGUGUGUGUGUGUGUGUGUGUGUGUGACAUCUAACUGUCCCACUCUGCUGUUCGGAGAACUCGGGUGCAUUUUAAGGGAUUUGCUAUUAUUGACUGACUUGGGCUCAGAACAUAGCAGGACCAGACCUUACUUUCAGUUAAAAAAACAAAAAAUCCUGUCUGUUAAGGGUUCAUUGAUGAGAAUCCUUCUCACCGUCCACUAGGAUCCCUCAGUGUUUUACCACCGCCUUUUAGACAGGUGCACCCAGGCCAGGUUACGUAGGUGAACUCCCUCCCAUGCCUGAUGCAGUUAGGAAGGCCCUGCUCUGGCAUUCUCUGCCCCACUGUAACUGGACAGUUCAGAACGUUGCCUAAGAUCCUCACAGCACACACAAAGGGCCAGCCCGGAGUGUCACGUGCCCUCCUCCAGUCUGAGUAGAGAGAACACAGUCAUUUCCCUCUCCUGGGCUCCACCUGAACACUGCUGCCUGAAGUGAGGAGACUCGCAUGCCGCCACCACCUCAUGGAGGGCAACUGCGCCUACUGCCGCUCUCUGAACCCUGACAGCUACAGCUGCCUUGCCUUGCCUCCACCUCCCCGAAGGACUCUGUUCAAAGCACCUAGACCCUGAAGGACUCUUCACAGCACCCAGAAUUGUGUUUGCCUCCCCAUCUAUCUGACUAUCCAGGGCCUUGAAACCCCCUACCCUGGGGAACCGCUCACCUGACUUCCUGCUUCCUGGCAAGCUGCUCCUUCCUCUGCUGGACAGGCGCUUUCCAGGUGCACUCAUGUGCUGUGCGGACCGGGUGCCCACAGAUGGCCUGGGCUAGCCUUAUCUAUGGCUCACAACUAGCUUUUCAACACCUGUGCAGGUAAUCAGCAGGUUUGUCUCCUACAUCUAUUGUUCCUUUCUCUGCCACCCUUAUGGAAACUCACACUUUAAAGGAAGGCAAAUUAGAACUUUAUAGACCCCCCAACCAGGACACUGCUAACAAUUCGGAAGAGAGAAGUGCUCUGAAAACAAUCAAGCACCAGGAGAGCUCACACGCAUGGUCCCUGCGCCCCCAGAUUGGGUGGUGUUUGUUUUGGGUUUUUUUGGGGCUUUUUCAUGUUACAUCCAUAUCUGUAUUUAUAUCUUAUUUGUUUCACCUCCAAGUGUAUCAUGGCAAAUGUACAGAUUUUUUUGUUGUUGUUGUUAAUAAUGUGCUAGGAUUUGCUAAAAAAGAAAAUUAAAAAAAAAAAAAAAAA